AUGGAGGAUACCGCUCCUAGUGAUCCCCGUCGCGAUGAGUCUCCGCCUGCGCACGAUGACUCCAGCGACAAGAAGAAGGGAAAGCGCAAGGCCAAGGGCGAAGAGCCAACGAAAACGCCCGCUGGAGCGAAAUUGACAGACAGCAUGGCGGAGACUCUAUUGGAAAUGAAUCCUGCGCUAAAGAACGAGCUGGCAGGCUUGGACAAAGCGAAAGCUGCGGAAAUGCUGCGAAAGAUGGAUAUAUCGGAAUUGCUCACGGGCCUCUCAUUGAAUCAAAAGAAUCAAAAGGAUAUGGCUUCAUUCAAGUUCUGGCAGACGCAGCCUGUGCCUCGCUUUGACGAGAAGAGCUCCGCCGCAGAUGGACCGAUUAAGGAAGUCAACGUGGAGGAUGUACCGAAGAACCCAGACCCGCUAGUCGAAGGGUUUGAAUGGGUCACAUUGGAUCUCAACAACGAAAAGGAGCUGAAAGAGUUUUAUGAGCUGCUAUCAGACCAUUAUGUCGAAGAUGGAAGCGCAAUGUUCCGUUUCAAUUACUCGCCGGAUUUCUUGAAUUGGGCCCUAAAAGCACCUGGAUGGAAAAAGGAAUGGCAUGUCGGUGUUCGAGCUUCCAAAUCUGGCAAGCUGGUUGCCACUAUUUGCGGUGUACCUGCGGAGAUCGUCGUGCGCGGGCAACCGAUCAAGGUCACGGAAAUCAACUUCUUAUGCAUACACAAGAAAUUGCGCUCGAAACGGUUAACACCCAUUUUAAUCAAGGAAAUCACUCGGCGAUGUAACCUCGACGGCAUAUUCCAAGCUAUUUAUACUGCUGGGAUUAUUCUGCCAACGCCAGUUGGUUCCUGUCGGUACUAUCACCGUGCGCUUGACUGGCUGAAACUGUUUGAGGUCGGUUUCUCCGCUCUUCCUGCAGGGUCGACAAAAGCCAGACAGAUUACAAGGAAUCACCUUCCAAGUAAAACAGCCACGCCGGGUCUACGACCAAUGCAGAGCAAAGAUAUCGAUGCCGUCCAUGAUCUCCUUAACCGAUAUAUGAAACGCUUUGACCUUGCACAAUCAUUCAGCCGACGGGAAAUCGAGCAUCUAUUCAUCCACAAAGAGAAACCUGGGACAGAGCAGGUCGUCUUUGCUUAUGUGGUCGAAGAGGACGAAACGCAUAAAAUCACCGACUUUGUUUCUUUUUAUUCCCUUGAGUCUACAGUUAUUCACAGCGAGAAACAUAACUCGAUCAGAGCUGCAUAUAUGUACUAUUACGCUACAGAGACGGCUUUUGCGGAAAAGGAAAGGGGCUUACGAGAAAGACUGACAGGGCUCGUCAACGAUGCCUUGAUUCUUGCAAAGAAGGAACAUUUUGACGUAUUCAACGCCCUGACCUUGCACGAUAACCCGUUAUUCCUUGAACAGCUCAAGUUCGGUCCGGGAGACGGUCAACUUCACUAUUACCUCUUCAACUAUCGCACGGCCACUGUUGCUGGUGGUGUGAACGAAAAGAACUUUCCCGACGAGAAAAAGAGAGGAGGCGUGGGAAUUGUCCUCGUCUGA